GCCGAGACGAGCCGAGCUCGGCUGUACACUUGCCCCCGCCAAGCCACGGAUUUCCUCUAUAAAGACCAAUCCAAUUCAACAACUCCUGCCCAUCUUCUGCGCAUCUCUCUCUCUCUGGGUUUCUAAUUCUUGAAGGUUAAGACCGGCUCUCACUCGCUGGAUUUUCCUUCACUCGCAUACAUCUCUUCUACUCUCUCUCCGUGGGUUUCUUAUUCUUGAAGGAAAAAUGGCCUCCCACAUCGUCGGAUAUCCUCGCAUGGGCCCAAAGAGAGAGCUGAAGUUUGCUUUGGAAUCUUUCUGGGAUGGGAAGAGCAGUGCCGAUGACUUGAAAAAGGUGGCAGCUGAUCUAAGAGAAUCCAUCUGGAAGCAGAUGGCUACUGCUGGAAUCAAGUACAUUCCCAGCAACACAUUCUCUUACUAUGAUCAGGUGCUUGACACAACAGCGAUGCUUGGAGCUGUUCCCCCCCGAUAUAAUUGGACUGGUGGUGAGAUCGGAUUUGACACUUACUUCUCCAUGGCCAGAGGAAAUGCCUCUGUACCUGCUAUGGAGAUGACCAAGUGGUUUGACACCAACUACCACUUCAUUGUCCCCGAGUUGGGGCCUCAUGUCAAGUUUUCUUACGCUUCUCACAAGGCAGUGGAUGAGUACAAGGAAGCCAAGGGGCAUGGAGUAGAUACUGUUCCAGUACUUAUUGGCCCCGUUUCCUACUUAUUGCUCUCAAAACCUGCAAAGGGAGUAGAGAAAUCAUUUGAUCUCCUCUCCCUCCUGGGCAAAAUCCUUCCAAUCUACCAGGAAGUUGUAGCGGAGUUGAAGGCAGCUGGUGCAUCAUGGAUUCAGUUUGAUGAGCCCACCCUUGUGAAGGAUCUUGAAUCUCACCAAUUGCAAGCAUUCACCACUGCCUACUCUCAGCUAGAAUCAUCCCUUUCUGGCCUGAAUGUUCUCGUUGAAACUUACUUCGCCAAUGUUCCUCCUGAGGCAUUUAAAACCCUUACUACUCUGAAGGGUGUUACUGCCUUUGGUUUGGAUUUGGUUCGUGGAACAAAAACUCUUGACUUGAUCAAGGGUGGUUUGCCAGAGGGUAAAUACCUGUUUGCUGGUGUGGUUGAUGGAAGAAACAUCUGGGCCAAUGAUUUCGCUACAUCUCUUAGCAUCUUGGAAUCCCUUGAGGGCACUGUGGGGAAAGAUAAGCUUGUUGUCUCUACAUCUUGCUCACUUCUCCACACCGCUGUUGAUCUUGUUAAUGAGACCAAGCUGGACGAUGAACUCAAACCAUGGCUAGCAUUUGCCGCUCAAAAAGUUGUUGAAGUGAAUGCCUUGGCGAAGGCAUUGGCUGGUCAGAAGGAUGAGGAAUUCUUCUCUGCUAAUUCUGCUGCUCAGGCUUCAAGGAAGUCCUCCCCAAUGGUCACCAAUGAAGCCGUUCAAAAAGUCACUGCUGAUUUGAAGAAGGGUCCUUACCCAAGCCGGCCUACAAAUGUCAGUGCCAGACUGGAUGCUCAACAGAAGAAGCUUAACCUGCCAGUCUUGCCUACCACCACUAUUGGUUCUUUCCCCCAAACAAUUGAACUCAGAAGACUGCGCCGUGAAUAUAAGGCUAAGAAGAUCUACGAGGAAGAUUACGUUAAGGCUAUCAAGGAGGAAAUCAGCAAAGUUGUCAAAAUCCAGGAAGAGCUUGAUAUUGAUGUCUUGGUUCACGGAGGGCCUGAGAGAAAUGAUAUGGUUGAGUACUUCGGAGAGCAAUUGUCCGGUUUUGCCUUCACCGUUAAUGGGUGGGUUCAAUCAUAUGGAUCUCGCUGCGUGAAGCCACCAAUCAUCUACGGUGAUGUGAGCCGCCCCAAUCCGAUGACCGUCUUCUGGUCCAGUGCGGCUCAGAGCAUGACUGCUCGCCCAAUGAAGGGAAUGCUCACGGGUCCACUGACCAUUCUGAACUUGUCUUUUGUCCGAAAUGACCAGCCCAGAUUUACAACCUGCUAUCAGAUUGCUUUGGCCAUUAAGGAUGAAGUAGAGGAUCUUGAGAAAGCUGGCAUCCAUGUCGUCCAAAUUGAUGAUCCCGGUUUGUGGGAGGGUUUGCCUUUUAGGAAGUUGGAGCAAACUGCCUACUUGCACUGGGCAGUUGACUGCUUCAGAAUCACAAACUGCGGUGUCAAGGACACUACCCAGAUCCACACCCACAUAUGGUAUUCCAACGUCAAUGACAUUAUCCACUCCAUCAUCGACAUGGAUGCCGAUGUCAUCACCAUCGAGAACCCCCGCUCUCACGAGAAGCUCCUCUCUGUUUUUCACGAGGGAGUGAAGUACGGUGCCGGAAUCGGCCCCGGCGUCUUUGACAUUCAGCGUCCGGGAAUACCGUCAACCAAGGAGAUUGCGGACAGAAUCAACAAGAUGCUGCUAGUGUUGGCGCCUAAUAAGUUGUGGGUGAACCCAGGCUGUAGUCUCGAGACGCGCAAGCAUACUGAAGUGAAGCCAGCCCUGCAGAACAUGGUGGCUGCUGCCAAGCAGAUCCGCACCCUGCUUGUCGAUGCCAACGCCAAUUCCGAAUGGCGCAGGUUUAUACGGUACACCAGACUGCCCCUGGCUUAAUCAGUGAUAUUUUUGGCUUAGCAAGGAUGCCAACAUCCAAGACCUGUGACAUUUUAGGGAAUGGGUUCUACAAUUUGACAGCUCCUCUACUUAAUCCACGCCAUAUAUUUUCUGAAUAAUUACAGCCCAGUCGGCAAGAAAGAUAUUCGAGGGUGGGGUUUUUUACUUUCAACUCAUCCAAAUGGCAGUUGAGAUAGAAUUCUGUUGUCGUUGUUGUAACUUGAACAUUUAAUUUUUAUAAGGGUUUCCUUUUGUUA